UGGAAUUUCCCAUCGGCAAUGAUAACCCGAAAAGCAGCCGCAGCAUUGGCAGUUGGAUGUACUGUGAUUGUCAAACCUGCCGAAGAUACACCACUUUCUGCGCUCGCACUUGCCCAGACAGCAAAAGAUGCAGGUCUACCGGAUGGCGUGUUUAAUGUGUUACCUGCUGAUUUAAAGAAGACUGAACAGAUAGCCAAAUAUCUCUGUGAAUCCAUCGAUGUCAGUGCUAUUUCAUUUACGGGAAGCACUGAAGUGGGCAAGGUACGUAAUUCUUGCCUUCGCAUGCUUCCUGCGCAGUAA